GUUUUUGUGUACGUAAUGGUGUACACUUCCGGUAGAUUUCCGGCCAACGAUGUUCCACAAAUGCAGGUUGAAAGAUCACGAUGCUGCUGAUCGUAGUGGAAUAUAUCAUCCUUGAAAUUCCACAAUGGGCAUCGCAAUGAAGUGUUUGAUUGUCUUAACUGUAGGCAUUCUGCAUCUGGUGCAAGGUCAGAUUUGUCUUUUUUAUCUCUACACUGCCGACUGCCGAUACCGAGUUGAUGGAGUUGCUAUGGGACACAUCGUGGCUACUAUAGAUGAUUGCAACAGCCCUGCUGAUGUUACUUUUAAAAUCACAUGCGAGGAGCCACCAGUUUCGUGGAGUCACACCUACUCCAAUGAUAACGAAAUAGUAGACGUCAAAGGUUUUGAUGUGCUCGUUCGACUCAAUGUUAGGUUGUCUAGGAAAGAAAAGAAGAAACUGUGGGUCAAAGCAGUAUUCUUUGUGGAAGGCCAAGGAGCGACAUCAUUUAUAGACGAGCAUGUUCAUCUUACAAACAUUAACAAUUGUUUGGCAUUGAAUUCAGUUGAGAAAACAUCCAUUGCACUCGUGGCAAUUCUGUUUGUCAUCAUGACUGUGCUAAUUUCCAGCCUUGUUUACAUGCGGUUUCGGGUGAAGAGAAGAAGGCACAACGGACUGGUAGACAGCAUGGAAGUGGAUUUGGUUUCAGAGAACUUGCCCUCACUAACACCACCAUCAUCACCAAACUCAGUGUUAGGUGGAUGGGUGUACACUAUGGGAUUCAAACGUGUGCACUACCUGCCUACUAUAACGGAACAGUCGGAGACGCAGAGCACAUCAGCUGAUAUGUCCAAUUUGGCUCAAUCAGAAGAAACAAAUGCAGGAUUUACUGGAACUAACCACUUAGUUUCCCAUAUAAAUGGGCGUGUGGUUUCAGCUGAUGCUGCUGCUGCUGCUCAGGAAAUAUCAAUAAUCAGUGGUCAAGAAAAUACUAUAACCCAGACAGCCAAUCAGUGUGGUGGUUAUGUAGGAGAUAAUUCUACGUGUCAUGUGACUUGAGAUUUGUUGAAAAGUUAAUGAUAUGUGAUAAUUCAGACCACCCCACCCAUUUUUAUAAUAUAUGUGUCCAAAGUCCAUACAUAAUAGUUUGAGACGACAGUGUUCGAGAUUAAAAUUUUGGGGCAGUAUCCUAGUUGGAUACUAACAUUUCAAAAUCUGGUAUCCCACCUGAGAAUUUAGUAUUAUAUGGUAUCCCGGUGGGAUACUGGGUUCUUGAAGUCUGGUAUCCAAAAUUAAAUUCUGGUAUCCCCGGGAUACCGUUAAUCUCGAACACUGGACGUUAAUCUCGAACACUGGACGAGUGUUGGAAAAUAAUAUGAUUGAAUCAUAUUUAUUAUAUAAUAUGUACAUAAUCAAGAAAAGAACAUUUUUAGGCCCUCGCAUUUCACGUUUCCCAUGAUUAUUAUAUCGAGCACAACUAUUCAACGAAAAUACAAAAUGUAAUGUAAUAUAAGAUUAUUUUUAAAAAAUAGUUUCCGAUGGAUUAUCAUAAUGACCAGGUACUGAACCGAAAAAGGGUUUCCCAUGAAAUUUGAAAUCCUAUAGCCUGAUUUUGAUUUAAAAACCAUAGAAGCAUGUAAUGCAUAAUUACUGGUUUAUUAUUUUUUGAAUGUGUUUUUUUGUAUGAAACAAACGAACAUGCUUUAUAAUGUAACAAGCCUACAUAUCUCUAUGUCAGUUUUAAAACGUUUAUGACACUUUAGUUACAAUGUUUAUCAAUGUUUAAUUUUAAUUAUUUUAUUAAAGCUGCACUCUUUGCUAUCCCAUCUUUUAACAUUGACUAUUUUUCGUUCCAGCCAGUGCACCACGAAUGGUAUAUCAAAGGCUGUGGUAUGUGCAGUCCUGUCUGUGGGAUGGUGCAUAUAAAAGAUCCCUUGCUACUAAAGGAAAAAUGUAGUGGG